AUGCAGCGUAUAGAACCACGACAGAUUGAUCCCACGCCAACUGCGAACUAUGGACAGGAAGGUCAGGAGAGUUCUCAGAACCGACCGGGCUCAGGCAAUUUGCCGACCGGCUUUGCGAGCACGGGUCGCGAUGCACACACACAAAGCUUCGAGGAGAUUUAUGGAGUACCAGAGAACUUCCUCGAGAUUGAGGUCGUUGACCCGCAGACCCACCAACCUACUGCCAGUCCCAGCUCGCGAUACACGACCUACCUGAUCCGCCUUUCCACCAACAUUCCUGCCUUCAAAUUGCGUCGGAGUGAAGUGCGCCGGCGGUAUUCUGAUUUCGAAGUCUUCCGCGAUCUACUCGAGCGCGAGUCGGCACGUGUCAGCAUCCCACCGCUCCCUGGCAAGGUAUAUCUCAAUCGAUUCGAUGACGGCGUGAUCGAAGAGCGAAGACGAGGGCUGGAACGGUUUCUGAAGAUUGUGGUCGGACACCCGCUUCUGCAGACAGGCAGCCGUGUGUUGGGAGGGUUUGUGCAGGAUCCAAACUGGGACCGAAACGCUUGGUGA